GCAGCACACAAGGCUCUGAACUGCCCGUGUGAGAGGGGUGGACAGACACACACUACACUACAAAACACUUUACUACACUUCUACCUGUAAGAGGACACUCACCUGCACUCUCUGCCCCAUCAUACACUCGAGCGCACACGCCUCAUCGCUGGAGCAGAGAUGCUGUGGGCCGCUGCCAAGGGUGCCCUCGUGUGUGCCCUCAUGGCUCUGGUGUCUGGGGGCAGCAUGGAUUUGGGAGGCACUCCGGCCAGCUUCUACCCACGCUUCAACCCCUUCUUCUUCCUGUGCACUCACCACGGCGAGUUGGAGGGGCCGAUAGGGACUGAGGGAGGAGGCGAGGUGCUGCUCACCUUUCAGAUAAACGGAAACCCCUCAGCAUACAUCCCAGGACAGGAGUAUCAGGUGACAAUUUCUACCAGUACAUACUUUGAUGGGCUGUUGGUCACAGGUCUCUACACGUCCACCACUGUCCAGUCAUCUGCAAUCCCAGCAUCCUCAGCUUUUGGGUUUGGUGUAAUGUCAGACAGGCAGUUUGGAACUCAGUUUGUGUGCAGUGUUGUGGCAUCACACGUCAGUCACCUGCCGUCCACCAGCCUGAGCUUCAUCUGGAUCGCCCCUCCACCCGGCACAGGCUGUGUCAACUUUAUGGCCACAGCAACACAUCGAGGACAGAUCAUCUUCAAGGACGCUCUGGCUCAGCAGCUCUGUGAACAGGGAGCUCCCACCGAGUCUCCAAUGCGACCCAGUCUAGCUGUGAUUCAUGGUGACCACGCUGUUCUCCGUGACGAUUUUGAGUAUAACACACAAGAAGAGCUUAAUCUAGAAAUCUGGUCAGACUGCAGUAAUUGUGAAGUUGGAGAGCAGUGUGGUGCACUGAUGCAUGGAAAAGCAGUGGUGUUCUGUGAGCCUUUUGGACAAAGGGAACUGACUACAGUGGCUCUCAACACAAGCACAGCUUCAAUGCUGCAGUUUGCUUUGGGAUCUGGUUCUUGCCGGUUCAGUUACUCAGACCCUAAUAUAAUUGUCUCCUGUGGUCAGAACAACUCUGAUAACUGGAACAUCUUGGAGAAGAUCAGAGCUCCUACUAACAGCAGCACAGUGGUCCAUCUUUUACCAUUGCUUCCAGUGUGUAAAGGGGAGGCCAUGCAUCUGCGCUGGAGUCAGGAGUCACCUGUAGGACUCGAUGGUUACGAGUCUUGCUGGGGUCUGGAUAACAUUGUCGUGGUGAACGCAGCCCACCGACCCCGUCUGCUGGAGGAUAACUUCGACCCUCUGGACACAGCCAACUGGCUCUUCUUCCCAGGGGCUACAGUAAAGCAUGCCUGUCAGUCAGAGGGAAACUCCUUGUACUUUCAUGGCGGAGAGGGAUUUGAACAUAGUUUUGCUUCUACGUGUGAUUUGGACCUGCACAGAGAGGAGGGGCGCAGUUAUUGGGAGGAGGACUUUGAGGGUCCACUCAGUGGAUGGGACAUGGAAGGUGCAGUGUAUGGAACUCAGUGUGGAGAGAUUGAAUCAGGUUCAGCACUUGUAUUUCUCAAAGAUGGCCAGAGGAAGGUGUGUACUCCAUAUCUGAACACAACCCUCUACGGCAACCUGCGAUUCCACUUUACAAUGGGUGGUGGAGGGUGCGACCCUGGAGAAUCCAACAAGAAUAAUGUUGUACUGUUUGGCCGGUCAGAGGGCAGAAAAGAUCAUGUGCUUUUGGACAUACUUCCAUACUCAGCCUACAGGACUCCUACAGUUGUAUCAGUCGGCUUGCCCAUAGAGCUACAGACUCCAGCUACUCAGUUUUGUUUCGAACAGAAGAGCCACAGUGGUGCUAAGCGUAAUGUUUGGGCUUUGGACUUCCUUCAGCUGCUACCUGUGCUUCCUGGUGCAAACACACACUUGGUGCAGUUUUCAGUCAACCUAGGAUGUGGUGCAUAUCAGCCAGCCAACAGCAUCAACCUUGAGUUCUCAACCAAUCAUGGUCGCUCUUGGUCACUCCUCCAUACUGAGUGUCUUCCUGAUCUGUGUGCUGGGUCACAUUUCCCACACAGCAGUGUCUACUCUUCAGAGAACUACAGCGGUUGGACAAGGAUCACAGUUCCCCUGCCAAAUGCUGCCCUCACAGAAAGCACACGUUUCCGCUGGAGACAGGCCACUGUAGGAAUGAACAACAUGUGGGCCAUAGACAACAUUUAUAUUGGGCCAUCCUGUCUGCGCUUCUGCUCUGGUAGAGGACACUGUACCCGCAAAGGCUGCAAGUGUGAACCAGGAUUCAACGGGCCAGCUUGUGAGCUUGCUUCUCAGACCUUCCCUGCGUUUCUGUCGGAGAGUUUCUCAAGCGUGAGACUGUCGUCCUAUCACAGCUUCUCCUCAUUGCGAGGGGCGGAGGUCAGCUUCGCCUGUGGGGUCUUAGCCAGUGGGAAGGCGUUGGUCUUUAAUAAAGACAGCAGAAGACACAUCAUUACAGCCCCAUUGGACAGCUCACAGGCCAGAUAUCUUCAGUUUACACUGAGAUUAGGAAGUAGAAGCAUUUUGAGUUCAUGUCCUGCUCCAGAUCAGCCAGGAGAGGGUGUCCUUCUUCACUACUCUUCAGAUAACGGUGUUACCUGGAAACUUCUGCAGCAUUAUGCUUAUCAGGGCUUCCAUGAGCCGAGGAUUGUUUCUGUGGAACUUCCUCCUGGGGCCCGUACAUUUGGGGUCCAGUUUCGCUGGUGGCAGCCAUACCACUCUGGGCGUGGCCAGGAUGUUUGGGCUCUUGAUGAGAUCAGCAUGACCUCUGUACUUUUCAACAUCAUCAGUCUGGACUUCAGCAAUGUGUUAGAUGUCACUCAAAGUCUAGGCUUCUAUCUGGGGAACAUUCAGCCAUACUGUCAGCAAGACUGGACUCUAAGUUUCUCAGGCGACCAUGGCACAGCUUCCAGCAUUCGCUAUGUGGAAACACAGUCCAUGCAGAUCGGAGCAUCCUAUAUGAUCCAGUUCUCUUUGGUCAUGGGCUGUGGGCGUGAACCAUCCCCUAACAUUGACACUCAGGUUCGGCUGGAAUUUUCCACCAAUCAUGGCUUGACUUGGCAUCUUGUCAAAGAGGCCUGUCUCCCUGGAAUGCCAAGCUGCUCCGAGUUUACCGCUUCCAGUGUGUACCACCCCUCUGAAUUCACAGACUGGAGACGGAUCACACUUCCGCUCCCAUAUAAAACCUGGUCAAGUGCAACACGCUUCCGAUGGAUUCAAAAUUACUACCAGGAACAGGAUGAAUGGGCAUUAGAUGACAUAUAUAUUGGACAGCAGUGCUCUCAGAUGUGCCGUGGACAUGGCUGGUGUGACCAUGGACACUGCAGGUGCGAUGAAGGUUUCACUGGUUCAGAUUGCCAGCCGUUUUCUACUUUAUCCUCCAGUGUACUCUCUGACUUUGAGUCCCAGAACACACUGAUGUCGACAUGGCUGGAAGUGACUGGUGGACAUAUAGUGCCCCCUGACCAGGGCUGUGGGGUUGUUUCUUCUGGAUCCUCUCUGUACUUUAGUAAGGCUGGGCUAAGGCAGCUAGUAAGCUUGGACUUGGACACUGAGUGGGCAGAGUUUGUGCAGUUCUAUCUGCGUAUGGGGGGAGAUUGGGCAGAGUGUAAUCAAGCAGACAGCCGAGAGGAGGGACUUCUACUGCAAUACAGCAAUGACGGUGGAAUCAGAUGGGGUCUGAUAGCUGAGAUGUACUUCACUGACUUCACCAAACCGAGAUUUGUCUAUUAUGAACUUCCACUGGCUUCAAAAACGCCAUGCACCCGUUUCCGCUGGUGGCAACCCCUACACUCAGGUGAGGGCUAUGAUCAAUGGGCCAUUGAUGACGUCAUCAUCCUGUCUGAGAGGGAGAAGCACGUCAUCCCGAUGGCCGAUCCUACGCUUCCUCAGAACUUCUAUGAGAAACCAGCAUUUGAUCAUCCACUGAACCAGAUGGGCGUGUGGCUGAUGCUGGGAAAUGAGGGAAUGGACAAAGAUCGGAAUGGGAGUUUCUGUGCACCUACACCCUCUGCAAUAGUGUUUGGGCGCUCUGAUGGUGACCGCAUGGCUGUGACUCGAGAUCUAUCUCUCCGUCCUGGCUACACACUGCAGUUUAAGCUAAAUAUCGGCUGUGAGUCAGUCUUCAGUGCAUCUGCUCCUGUACUGCUUCAGUACUCGCAUGACGCCGGGCGCACAUGGACUCUGGUGCAGGAGGGCUGUUACCCAGCAUCACCUGUGGCAACAAGCUGUGAGGGCAGUGGAAGGGAACUUAGAGAGUCCACUAUUUACAAUACAGGAGACUAUGAGCGCUGGACCAGGAUUACUGUUGUAUUACCACGAAUUGUAGCUGCAAGUAAGACGCGCUUUCGGUGGUUCCAGGAGAGCAGCGUCUACCGGGACGUGCCAGCAUUUGCACUGGAUGGCGUCUACAUCUCAGAGCCCUGUCCAAAUCAUUGUGGGGGUCAUGGAGACUGUAUUUCAGGGGUCUGUUUCUGUGAUAUGGGAUACACAGUCGAGGUUGAUCACUCGAGUUGUGUGCUAUCUUCACCGAGUCCCACUGAGCUGGUCGAGGACUUUGAAGGUAAACUGAGUGCACUGUGGCAAAGCUUGAGCGGGGGGCAGAUUGGGGAUGGCUGUGGCACCAUUGGUGAAGGUAAAGCCCUUUACUUCAGCAGCCCUGGCAGAAGAGAAGCCCGAACCGUGCCACUGGAUACCACCAACACCCGUUUGGUUCAGUUCUACAUUCGGAUCGGAGGGAAGAACAUGGGUUCAGCAUGUACUCGACCACGUUCACGCAAUGAAGGUGUGAUCGUCCAGUUUUCCACAAACAAUGGUGUGCAGUGGCAGCUCUUACGAGAGCUGGAUUUUGCCUCUUUCCUGGAACCUCAGGUAGUGACCAUUGAGCUGCCCCCUUCAGCAAAGACGCCACACACUGUGUUUCGCUGGUGGCAACCGCAGCAGGGUAAACACUCUGCCCAGUGGGGUCUGGAUAGUAUUCUCAUCGGAAUGAACGACAGUGCUAGAAAUGGAUUUCUUGACACAUUUGAUGGCACGUCUCCAUUAAGACAAAACUGGUAUCGAGUCGUUGGUGCGGAAAUCACAGCAGAUUGUCAGAGUGGAGACUCUGCAUUAAAGUUCAACUCUGAGCUAAUGAACAAAACCUACCCAUAUUCAAAAGCUGAUUACAGAAGAACCACUAAAGAGAGGCCACGUUAUGCUGAGAGUUGGGAUUUCGAGGUGUCCGGCUCUUCGUUCCUUCAGUUUGAUCUGAGUAUGGGCUGCAGUAAGGCUGUGUCUUCAGCCCAUGGUGUUCAUUUAGAGUUCUCCACGGACAGCGGUCGACACUGGACCCUCAUUACACCUGAAUGUGUGCCGCCAGCCAUUGGCUGCUCUGGAUACUCACAAAGAUCUGUGUACAGUGCACCUCAGUAUCUGCACUGGAGGAGGGUCACUGCCUAUCUUCCAAGUGCCGCCAUCUCACCCAGAACAAGGUUUCGCUGGAUUCAACCUCAGUUUGCCCCUGGAGCAGACGGUUGGGCUCUGGACAAUGUGCUACUAACCCCUGGCUGCCCGUGGAUGUGCUCAGGACAUGGGCUGUGUGACAACGGACACUGCAUUUGUGACGAGGGUUAUGGCGGUGCUCAUUGUGUGCCUCUAGUUCCUCUGCCAUCUGUUCUAAAGGAAGAUUUCAAUGAGAACUUAAAGCCGGAAAUCUGGCCUGAAGUGUACGGGGCAGAGAGGGGCACGCUGAGCGGAGAGCCUCUAAAAUCAGGAUCAGCACUCAUCUUUAAAGGGGAGGGACUGCGUAUGCUGGUUUCAACAGACUUAGACUGCACUUACACAAUGUACAUCCAAUUUACAUUUAAGUUCAUAACAAAGGGAGUACCUGAGCGUUCUCACUCUGUGUUGCUGCAGUAUUCAGUAAAUGGAGGAAUCAGCUGGCUACUCAUGGAUGAGUUUUACUUUCCCACUUCCACCAACACACUGUUUGUUCACACAGCUUUACCCCAGAGUGCACAGACAAAUGCUACACGAUUUAGACUCUGGCAGCCUUACAACAGCGGUAAAAAGGAAGAAGUGUGGGUCAUUGAUAACCUAAUCAUAGAUGGAAACAGGGCUAAUACCUUACCAUUUAUAUUUGAGAGUUUUGAGAGUGGGGCUGAGGUGGGAAACUGGCUGUUUUAUCCUGGAGGCAACAUUGGAUUCUACUGUCCAUACCAGAGAGAGGGCCUGGAAGAUGACUCUGCAAUGGUGUUUAUGUCCAGCGAACUGGGUGAACACUCUAUUACCACCAGAGAUAUUGAUGUAAACGAGAACACUGUCAUUCAGUUUGAGAUUAAUGUGGGAUGCACAACUGACAGCUCCUCCCUAAACCCUGUUCAUCUGGAGUUUUCAAGAGACUUCGGAGCCACGUGGCAUCUGUUAGUUCCUCUGUGUGCCGGGGGACCAAGGCUUAGCUCUCUUUGUUCUACUGAGCUCCACCCUGCCAGCAUCUACUACCCAGGUACCACUCAGGGCUGGAAGAGAGAAGUUAUCCACUUUGGCAAGCUGCGAUUGUGUGGCUCAGUGAGGUUCCGCUGGUACCAGGGAUUUUAUUCUGGUGGCAUGAUCCCACCUACCUGGGCUCUGGACAGCAUUUAUAUUGGCCCUCAGUGCCAGAACAUGUGUCAUGGCCAUGGUACAUGUGUUCGGGGUACUCACUGUAACUGUGAUCCGGGUUACUCUGGAGCUGACUGCUCUGUCCCAGAUAUGCCAAAUCCAGAUUUCCUGAAGGAGGAUUUUGAAGGUGGUGUUUUAGAAUCAGAGCAUUUCAAGUUGAGGAGUGGAGGAAAACCUUCCAGAAAGUGUGGCAUCACCACCAGCGGGAAUCACUUGUUCUUCAGCGAAGAUGGUUUGCGUAUGCUAGAAACUUUAGAUCUGGACCUGUCAAAUGCCAGGUUUGUCCAGUUUUUUUUGAGACUGGGAUGUGGGAAAGCCACCCCUGAUCCACGCUCUCAGCCUGUGCUCCUGCAGUUGUCUGUGAAUGGGGGCCUGAGCUGGACUCUUCUUCAGGAAUUCCUGUACAGCAACAACAGUAACCAAGCACACCUGGUGGCCCUCGAGAUCCCACUCAGAGCCCGUACUCCAGCAACACGCCUGCGCUGGUGGCAGCCUUCUGAAAACGGCCAUUUCCAUAGUCCAUGGGUUAUUGAUAAAUUAGUUGUGGGUGGCAGUGCCAGUGGUUGGGGGCCAUUAGAGGAUGACUUUUCUUCUACAAACGAACGUUCUUGGCUGCUGCACCCCGGUGGCACACGAAUGCCAGUGUGUGGCUCUGAUGGUGAAGCUUUCGCAUUCAUUGAGAAGUCAAGUACACGCUAUGCCAUAACCACAGACAUCAGUUUGGGCCCGGACGCCUUUAUCCAGUUUGAGUUCUCUGCUUCCUGCUCCGUCACAUCCUCCUGUUACACAAUAGAGCUGGAGUACUCAUUAGAUCUGGGUCUCACAUGGUUGCCGCUGGUGAGGGAUUGUUUACCUACGAGUCCCGACUGCUCCACCUACACCCUCCAGAGACUGCUGGUGUCCGAUACCUAUAACAAGUGGGGAAGAGUAACUUUACCCAUACCAGCACAUGCCAGGUCCACGGCCACACGAUUCCGCUGGUUCCAGCCGGCGCCGUUUGAUAAACAGCAAACGUGGGCUCUGGAUAACCUGUAUAUCGGCGAAGGCUGUCCUGAAAUGUGUUCCGGACGCGGGUUGUGCAGACGGAGCUCCUGCAUAUGUGACCCCGAGUGGGGUGGUGAGAUCUGCGACGAGCCUCUGCUCUUUCUGGCCACACAGCUGAAGGACAGUUUCAGUCGAGCCCCAGCACUCAAUCACUGGCACUUGCUUACCGGCGGCAAGAUCAGCACAGUGUGUGGAGUUGUGGCCUCAGGAUCAGCCCUGCACUUCAGCGGGAGCUGCUCUCGUCAGCUGGUCACAGUGGAUUUGAAUCUGACCAGUGCUGAAUUCAUUCAGUUCUACUUCAUGUACGGCUGCAUGACGGCACCCAGUGGUCGCAGUCAGGGUGUUCUUCUGGAGUUCAGUGUGAAUGCUGGAAUCAGCUGGAAUCUGCUGACUGAGAUCUUCUAUGACCAGUACCGCAAACCUGAGUUUGUAAAUGUUCUGCUGCCCCCAGUGGCCCGGGCAGUAGGUGUUCGGAUUCGUUGGUGGCAACCUCAGCAUGAUGGGGCUGAUCGUAGUGACUGGGCCGUGGAUAAUGUUUUGAUCUCUGGGUCAGACGCUCACACUCAGAUCUCUGACACCUUCAGUGGAGCAGCGCUGCCCAGUCAUGAGAGAGCGCCUGCUGACGGCACUUACACCCAACAUAGCAGCUUAUUUACUCACCAUGAGGAGACCAUCGUGAGCGAUCACUGGCUCUUCUCGGAGGAUUGCUCUGUCAAGCGCUUCUGCAACUCUCCAGAUGGGGUUAUGGCGUGUGGUGGCACUGAUGGACAGGAAGUUGAUGUUGUCACACAUGACAUAGUUCCUGGCAAAGGCUGGGUCAUGCAGUUUAAGAUAGCAGUUGGCUGCAGUGUACCUGAGAGGCCUGUGGAGAGACAGGUUCAUGUGCAGUACUCUGUGAACUUCGGCGUGACCUGGAAGUACCUGGUCCCUCAGUGUUUACCUGCAGAUCCGCGGUGUGCCGGACAAGUGUCACAGCCUUCCGUUUUCUUCCCCGCUGACGAAUGGAAGCGAGCCGUCUACCCUCUACCGGAUAAUCUCGCAGACACUACGGUCCGCUUCCGCUUCUAUCAGAGGCAUUCAGAUUUGCAUUGGGCAGUGGAGAAUUUUUAUAUCGGUCCUGCUUGUGAAAACCACUGCGGAGGUCAUGGAGACUGUCUGGACCAACAAUGCCAGUGUGACCCAGGAUUCACUGGACCCAAGUGUUACGCUAGCAAACUGCUGAAGCAGGCAUCACUGAAGGAGCGCUUUGACUGGGAUGGAGCCCGUGGAGCACAGUGGCAGCUGUUGGAGGGUGGUUAUCCCUGCACCGACUGUGGGGUGCUGGUGGAAGGGACUGCUUUGUAUUUUAAUGGGGCAGAUGCCAGGCAGGCAGUGACUAAAGAUUUGGACUUGCGUGGGGCAAAAUUUGUGGAGUACUGGGCAAAAAUUGGCAGUGAAGAGAAUAUUACUCUGUGUCAUCGCCCCACAUGCCGAAAAGAAGGCGUGUUACUGGAUUAUUCAAUUGAUGGAGGGGUGUCUUGGACUUUGCUCCAUGAGAUGGAUUAUCAGAAGUAUGCCUCAGUGAGGAGAGAUUACAUUGUGUUGCCUGAGAGAGCUCUGACCAACAGCACACGCCUGCGUUGGUGGCAGCCGUUCUCACUGUCAUCAGGUCUGGUCAUGCCGAGUGUGGAGCGCGCUCAGUGGGCCUUAGACAACAUCCUCGUGGGAGGAUCUGACAUUAACCCCAGCACUCUACUGGACACUUUUGAUGAUGAGGGUGUAUCUCAUGAAGAGAGCUGGAGCUUCUAUCCCAAUGCCGUUCGCACAGCUGGGUUCUGUGGAAACCCAUCUUUUCAUUUGUAUUGGCCCAACAAAAACCUGGACGGAUCUCACAACAUCCUGGCAACCCGCGAACUGAUCGUUCAGCCUGGAUACAUCUUGCAGUUCAAGAUUGUGGUUGGCUGUGAAGCAGACAGAUGUGAUGACCAUCAUUCUGUACUUUUACAGUACAGGAGGGAUGCAAGGUCAGAUGUGUGGCAGUUAGUCCAGUCUGCCUGCCUGCCAUCUUCCAUUAACAACGUGGGCUGCUCACCUUUUCAGUUUCACGAGUCCUCCAUCUACAGUCCAGUCAACAGUUCAGUGUGGACCAGAGUCACUAUUCAGCUGCCUGACCAUGUUUCCUCUGGCGCAACACAGUUUCGCUGGAUUCAGCAGGAGGCCACCGGUGAGCAAUACAGCUGGGCCGUGGACCACGUCUACAUUGGGGAAGCAUGUCCGGGUUUGUGCAGUGGUCAUGGCUACUGUACCAGUGGAUCUGUCUGUAUCUGUGAUGAAGGAUAUCAUGGUGACGACUGCUCUUCGUCUAGCAGCGACCUGCCCAGCUCCAUAAAAGACAACUUCGAGUCUGGUUCGGUGUCCCAGGAGAGCUGGAGUUUGAUUCAGGGUGGCGGGGUGGGCAGCGGCUGCGGUCAGCUUUCACCUCAUGCUCAUGGGGAUUCACUGUACUUUAAUGGCUGUGACACUAGACAAGCCAUCACUAGACUUCUGGACCUGACACGUGCCAGUAAGAUCAUGUUCGUACUGCAGAUAGGCAGUAUGUCUCAAACAGACAGCUGUAAUACUGCCCUGGAUCAGGCGGAUACAGUUGACCGGGCCGUACUGCUCCAGUACAGCAUCAAUAACGGAGUUAGCUGGCAUGUCAUUGCACAGCAUCAGCCAAAAGAUUUCAUCAAGGCUCAGAGAGUCUCCUACAACAUCCCACUUGAAGCUCGUGUGAGAGGUGUGCUGUUACGAUGGUGGCAGCCGCGACAUGACGGUGCAGGUCAUGACCAGUGGGCUUUGGACCAUGUGGAAGUCAUUCUGUCAGGGUACUCUCAAACCCAAACCAUUGUGCAAGCCAGCAGCAGUCCCAUCCUGCAUCUUAUAACCGUUCCUUUCUUCUGUAUUCUGCUCCCUAUGGCAUGGCUGUAGUGUCAGUACCCGUAAACAAAAUUACAUGAUGAACUACUCGAGACAAACUGGUCUACACCACUACUACAACAGGAAAAGGCGGGCUUUGCGAACCUAAACCACCUGCCGAUCGUACAUCAUUCUGUUGGCUACAGUACGCUUUCCAUGAUGAAUAAACACCAUGUCAGGUCACUACUGUCAGCAUAUGGCCAUUCUCUCCCAUCUGAACUAUACAUGGACCAUCUAGU